AUGAUUUCAGUCUACAACAUCUGUUUGGAUGCGUGGAGCAGAGUGGUGGAGAGUACACUCUACCCACAAGUUGUUGAACUGAUUGAUUUGCGUGAUAUAGGAACACCUGAACAACAACGAUUAUUGAAGUCGCACUUAGCGACAGUGAUCUGUAAGAAAAAUAUCGUCGAUUUGCUCUUCAAAAAGGUUGAGGAUUACACACUGCAAUAUUUGUUUCGUAUACCGGACAAUGUGACACUGCCGGAAGAUGUGUGCAAUUUGAUGGUGAACGAACAAGAGGAUGAACACGGAGAAUUGGAACGACGUGUGAAAAAUCUUAAAAAAGAAAUCGCCGAUAUUCGAGUGGAGAGCAAUUUGCUCGACGAUGAAAUAAAAUUAGCUGAGGGCGUUCUAAAGGUACUGAAAACGAUUCGUAAAUGCAGAGCUGAACUGGGAACAAAACCAGAAGCAGAAUGCCGCAUCCAUCAAUGA